AUGCGUGAUUCUACAUUUUGCAGCAUGGAGACCAUCACCCUUGGGGAUAAAAGAAUUGGGAUUAAGACUAGUGUUCUAGAAGAAAAGGCCACUGCUUGCAAUAUGCUUUGCUGCUAUGCUGAUGAGCUGAAAGAAGGUUUUUACCCGUGGAUUGAUCAGGUUGCCCAAACGCUGGUUCCUUUGUUGAAGUUUUAUUUCCAUGAAGAAGUCAGGAAGGCUGCUGUUUCAGCGAUGCCGGAUCUAUUGCGGUCUGCUAAACUGGCUGUGGAAAAAGGGAUUGCUCAGGGUCGUAAUGAGACAUAUAUUAAGCAGCUGUCUGACUACAUAUUUCCUGCUUUAGUAGAAGCUUUACAUAAGGAACCGGAUACAGAUAUAUGCGCAAAUAUGUUGGACGCAUUGAGUGAAUGUCUGCAGAUUUCUGGACCACUUCUAGAUGAGAGUCAGGUUAGAAGUGUUGUGGAUGAGAUAAAGCUGGUUAUCACAGCUAGCUCAGAUAGAAAAAAAGAGAGAGCUGAAAGAGCCAAAGCUGAAGAUUUUGAUGCUGAGGAGGGAGAAUUGCUUAAAGAGGAAAAUGAGCAAGAGGAAGAAGUAUUUGACCAAGUGGGUGAGUUGUUGGGAACUUUAAUCAAAACAUUUAAGGCUUCCUUUCUGCCGUUCUUUGAUGAACUGUCAUCAUACCUAAUGCCUAUGUGGGGAAAGGAUAGGACAGCUGAAGAGAGAAGAAUUGCAAUUUGCAUAUUUGAUGACGUAGCUGAGCAAUGCCAUGGAGCAGCUCUAAAGUACUAUGAUACAUAUCUUCCUUUCCUAUUGGAGGCAUGCAAUGAUGAAAAUCCAGAUGUCCGACAGGCUGCUGUGUAUGGACUAGGGGUAUGUGCAGAGUAUGGAGGUUCUGUAUUUAAACCACUUGUUGGAGAGUCUCUUUCCAGGCUCAAUUUUGUUAUAAGGCAUCCCAAUGCGUUGCAGCCAGACAACGUGAUGGCAUACGAUAAUGCCGUUUCAGCUCUGGGGAAGAUUUGUCAGUUUCAUCGUGACAGCAUUGAUUCAGCUCAGGUGGUUCCUGCCUGGUUGAGUUGUUUGCCAAUAAAGGGUGACAUCAUCGAAGCCAAAGUUGUUCAUGACCUGCUUUGCUCAAUGGUCGAGAGUUCUGAUAGGGAACUUUUGGGUCCCAACAAUCAGUAUCUCCCCAAAAUUGUUUCCGUAUUUGCUGAGGUUCUGUGUUCGGGCAAUGAUCUAGCCUCACAGCAAACAUUUAGCAGGAUGGUGAAUUUGUUGAGGCAGCUACAGCAGACACUACCUCCAUCCACUCUGGCGUCUACAUGGUCUUCCUUACAGCCUCAGCAGCAGCUUGCAUUGCAAUCUAUCCUCUCAUCAUAGUUUGUGCCAAUCUUUAUAUUUAUUUGUUCCUCGUUUCUUUCGGAUGAGGACUCUUUUCAGCAUUUCAAUUUGGAAAUGGUUUAUGCAUCAAUCAACCUGUCGUUGCGCGUUUGGUCUCGAGUGUGAAUGCAUUUUCACAAGUCAUUUUGUCGAUAGAGUUUGUAUAUUAAAAGAUCUUUCUUGCUUUCAAAACAUAAUUGCUCUUUGUCCCCCUUUUUUGGUUGAGGGGGUUGGAGUUUUUUUCUUUUCUUUUUUUUCGUUUUUUUUUGGGUGAAAAGAUUUCAUUUGGCAAUUGUGAUAUUUGAGGGUUGUGAGAAAGGCAAACAAUGUCUGCAGUUUUGGUCAAAUCAUAUUGUUCCUUGGAUGAACAUGUAAGGUAAUUUUAUAUUUUUUAUUUGUCGACUAUGAGUUGGGAAUAAUGGUUUUCGAGUGAGAGAAUAUAAUACAUGGAGUUUAAGGUUUCA